AAUAAAGAUUCUUUUUGUUGUCUUUCCUAUCUGUUAGCUUUUGUCCAUACUAAAGUAUUAUUUAGAAUGAUUCCAAAACUUGAGCAUAAUUGAAUGUUUCACACUGGUUCGGAACUAGUCAUUCGUACACACACACGCACACUUAUAAAUAGAUGUAGAUGUAUGUAUCUACUACUAUUCAUUUGAAUUCUCCCUCUCACUGUUUCUCUCUAUCUCUACCGAUCUCACUCAAAAUCAGCCAUGCCUGCCCAGAUAAUCCCUGAGCAGACCUUUCAGUCCCUCCACGACACCAUCAUGGAGGAGACCAGUUCAACUUUAAUUCACAAAAGGUUGGAAGGAAAAGUAGCCAUCAUUACCGGAGGAGCACAAGGGAUCGGCAAAGCAACCGUAAUGCUUUUCGCUAGACACGGCGCGACGGUUGUGAUCGCCGACGUGGACAACGCAGCUGGCUCUUCCCUGGCUAAAUCGCUCUCGUCCCAAUUAACUUCCAACGGUGUGGCGUUCAUAAGCUGCGAUGUCUCGGUGGAAGCUGACGUGGAAAACCUCGUGAACCUAACCGUGUCGCGGUACGGCCGGCUCGACAUUCUGUUCAACAACGCAGGAGUUCUCGGCGACCAGAAGAAACACAAAAGCAUAUUAGACUUCGACGCGGACGAGUUCGACCAAGUGAUGCGUGUGAACGUGCGAGGCGCAGGGCUCGGCAUGAAACACGCGGCACGUGCGAUGAUCAAGAGAGGGUUUAGAGGCUGCAUAAUCUCGACGGCGAGUGUGGCCGGAGUGAUGGGUGGAAUGGGCCCACACGCUUACACGGCGUCGAAACAUGCGAUCGUUGGGUUGACCAAGAACGCAGCUUGUGAGCUUGGCAAGUAUGGGAUUAGGGUUAAUUGCAUAUCGCCGUUUGGAGUUGCCACGUCGAUGCUGGUGAACGCGUGGCGGAAGACGAGUGGAUGUGACGUGGAAGAUGAUGGUGAGGUGGAGGAGAUGGAGGAGUUUGUGAGGAGUUUGGCUAAUCUGAAAGGAGAGACAUUGAGAGCAACGGAUAUAGCUGAAGCGGCGUUAUAUUUGGCGAGUGAUGAGUCUAAGUAUGUUAACGGACAUAACCUUGUCGUUGACGGUGGUGUUACGACUGCCAGAAACUGUGUUGGUUUGUGAUAAUAAAAAAAAUAAAUCAUGUGGUUGUCUUUUUCUGCUAAUUGAUUUGUUAAUUAACUGGAUUUGGUAAAUCUUUUUGUGUGUUUGUUGGAAUUGCUGGUGAAUCAAUAAAACAGUGAUUUUAAU